UACAGGGGUGUGUUGAUACAGUAGUACAUAAGGGAUUUGGCUCACCAUCCUCUUGCAGCCAGUCAGCUGUAGUUGAACAUCAAGGCCCAGUCAGCUCUGUGGCAGACUGCCUCUGCCCAACGGUUCACAUCCUAACACAGGAAUCAGGAAGGUUAAGGAUGACACGUUUGAGGGGAUUUUCCCUCUUCCAUGUGUUCACUGGAGUGCUGCUAGCAACACUGUUAUUACCUGGGUUUCUGCUGGCUGGCCCUGUAGCCCAGCGUUUAAAAGGAGAUGAUGGAACCAAUGAUGAGGCAAGCCCAACAAGACUAAUUCGCAACAGGAGAAACAUCAGUUGGUACAAGCAGCACUCUGACUUCUGGGGUUGGUACAAAUACUUCACAGACACUGGAAAUCAAGAAGGAGUUGCACAGUUGGAUCGCGUCUAUCUGGCCUACUUGCAGAACAAGAAUCGUGCUGAGGCACGGCGCUCCUACAAAGUGUACCUGCAACACCUCGGUGACAUCUACAAAUCUUGUGUUGAGUCUGAUGACCCAAACUGUGUGGCCUCCUAUACAAGUAGGCCCAAACCCAAAGCUGAGCCACCAGUGCCUGCUCCAGUUAAGUCCUGUGACCCUUACAGAGAUCCACACUGCUUGUAUUCAAUGGGAUAUUCGUAUUAUCCAUACCUGGCCCCGGCCCCGGCGCCUGUCAAAGCUGCAGCUCCUGCUCCUGCCCCUGCUCCAGUGAAAGCCGCAGCCUACCUCCACACCCCUGUGGUGAAGGAUCCACAUUCUGGCUACUACCAUUAUUCCCAAUUGGUGCAGCCCUUCCUGUCAGCUCAGCAAAGGGCUGAGCUGUUGCGCAUCUGUGAAGCUGAAGACGUUGAGUGUCUGCAGUACCACCUGCGUGCUGCUUACGGAUACAAGCCUGCUGCUGCCCAUGGAUACAAGCCUGCUGCUGCCCUGGGCCCAUCCUAUGCCCAUCUUGGCUGUGACCCUAAGACUGAACCUCACUGUCUCCCCCACCUGGUCCAGAAGGCAUCAUCUGGUCUGUACCAGAGUUAUCCACAUUGUGACCCCCGUGUUGACCCAUACUGUGCUCAUGCUGCUGCUCUGGCCUCUGCCCAGAACAUGGAAGCCCCAUCUUCUCCACCCACCUUGGACAGACCUUGCAACCCUCUCUAUGAUGACAACUGCAACCCUCUGACAGCCACAAGGUUUGCCAGCUUGGCCCCUCAAAAUGCAAAGGAUGAGCCUGCAUCAGAAGACAUGGCCAUGCGUGCACCACCCAGCCCUCGUCACGACCCUUACACCAUGUUCCGUGAUGCUUCUGCUGGGGCUGAUAUGCGUAGACGCCUGCCCAGCCAACUCCAGCCCCCAAGGCACCAACCGGAGGAUUCCCAACAUCCUCUGGGACCCAGAGGCAAGACCAAAGAGGGGUAUGACUGCUUCAUUGGCUAUGAUGAAGAGUGUUAUCCAUUAGGUUCCCAAAAUGAGCCCCGCUCUGGUGUGCACAGAAAGCCAUCCUUCCCUACCGAAGCCUAUGAGCCCCACUUAAAUGCCGACGGAACCAGAAAUGGGGUAAUUGAGCCUGACCCUCACUGCGACCCAGAGUAUGACAGAAAUUGCCGUUUACGCCGCUAUGAGCCUGAGGCGGCCGAACUUGCCAGUCCUUCAGCUCAAGAGGAGCAUCAGCCAACCCAGGAGCACCGUGAUGAGCAAGCCCACCAUGAGGAGGUCCCCCAACAUCGAGAGGAAUCGUACUCUGAGACCCCAGGCUACGACCAGCAGCAAUAUGACGCCUACAUGAGUGGGCAGGAGGAUCCAUAUGCUGGAUAUGGCCCCCAGGACCUAGGAGCAGCUAGUUUUCACGAUAUUCUGAGAGGUUACGGUGACCGGUAUCCUGGUCAGGAUGACCACCGUGCCUACACAGGAGACUACAGAAAGAAAUAAGGAAUCCAUGACAACGUAUGCCAAGAAAUGUAGAAAAGGACACAAUGUCGGUUGUAGAUAAAUAUUGAAAUGUACGCUAAUAGAAAAUAUGCACACGCCAACUGCCAUGAUAUGUAAAGACACAAUAUGGUUUGCUCAUAUGUAAUUUCAUGUUUUCUGUAUUUCUUAGCUUUAGAGUCUCAUAGCACUUGCAUAGGAAAUCAUUUAUUUGGUUCUUGUGACUUUUUGCUGAUUCCAUUGGCCCAUGUAACUUGACUGUGUGUUGCAGUGCCUUUAGGAGAUUGACUUUCAGACAGGGAGAGUGCUUAGUACUUUCCCAAUGCCCUUUUGAUGGAGUAGUAUGUGAAAUAGCUCUUCAUAUCUUUGUGAAAAACCCCCAAAACAAAACAAAUAUUGUUUAAGAGGUGAAUAGUGUACAUGAAUAUAGUGUAAUCGUGACCACCUCUCCCAUCUUUGGCAUUUUUCCUCUGUAGAUUUACCUAGCGAUCUCCCUACAAAUGAAUGUUUAAUGAA